AUGAGUGUCGACCGAUCCAAACUCUACGUACAUUUGCCUAGCUUUAUUACUCGAGCUCCGUCAGUUAUCACUGGUGAUCAGUUACGUCCAGACCUUCUCUUGGCAAUUGAAAAUAAAGUUUUAUAUGUUUUGGAACUGAUUGUUGGCUUUGAAACAAAUCUUAACUCUAACUCAGACCGAAAACAUAAAAAGUACCUGCCGCUUAUUUCAGAUCAAGAAAGUAAUUAUGAUAAG